UUCUCUUUCUAGACGCACACCCACUACAGAUCGAACGAAUCUGGUUUGAAAGUCAAAACAAAGAAGAAGAAGAAAUAGCCAAAUAGCUACUGGCAACUCAUCAGCUUCUCUCACACCCGCCCACAUAUUUUUCUCUGGUUUAUACACAGAGAGAGAGAGAGAGAGAGAGAAAUAGAGGAAUCAGAAAAUGGCAGAAGACAAGUUUAUAGUACAGGUGGAGCCUGCGAAGCCUGCUACGGAUGGAAAGCCUUCGGUCGGGCCUGUUUACCGGAGUGUUUUUGCUAAGGAUGGUUUUCCGGCACCUAUUGAGGGCUUGGAUUGCUGCUGGGAUAUUUUCCGUUUAUCUGUGGAGAAGUAUCCCAACAAUCCAAUGCUUGGACGCCGAGAGAUCACUAAUGGAAAACCUGGAAAAUAUGUCUGGAUGACAUACAAAGAAGUAUAUGACGUAGUGGUGAAAAUUGGAAAUUCCAUUCGCAGCUGCGGUGUUGAAGAAGGAGAAAAGUGUGGAAUAUAUGGUGCCAAUUGCCCCGAGUGGAUCAUGAGCAUGGAGGCAUGUAAUGCCCAUGGUCUGUAUUGCGUCCCUCUUUAUGACUCCUUAGGUGCUGGUGCCGUAGAAUUUAUAAUCUGCCAUGCAGAGGUUAAAAUUGCUUUUGUUGAAGAGAAAAAGAUUCCCGAGCUUUUGAAAACUUUUCCAAAUGCCGCAAAAUACUUAAAAACGGUUGUGAGUUUUGGGAGAGUUACACCUGAACAGAAGGACGAGGUUGAAAAGUUUGGCACCGUCAUUUAUUCUUGGGAAGAGUUUUUAUUAUUGGGAGAAGGAAAAUGCUUUGAUCUUCCAGUGAAAAAGAAAACAGAUAUUUGCACGAUAAUGUAUACCAGUGGGACAACCGGAGACCCUAAGGGUGUCUUGAUUUCAAACAAUAGCAUCGUUACUCUUAUAGCUGGAGUAAAGCGUCUACUAGAGAGUGUCAACGAAGCGUUGACAGUGAAUGAUGUAUACAUUUCAUAUCUCCCUCUGGCCCACAUCUUUGAUCGGGUGAUUGAAGAGUGUUUCAUCAACCAUGGUGCCUCAAUAGGAUUUUGGCGUGGGGACGUUAAAUUAUUGGUCGAGGACAUUGGAGAGCUAAAACCUACUAUAUUCUGUGCGGUUCCCCGGGUAUUAGAGAGAGUCUAUUCAGGUCUGCAGCUGAAAAUUUCUUCUGGAGGUUUUCUAAAGAGCAAGAUGUUCAGUUUAGCAUAUGCCUUCAAAUUUCGCAAUAUGAAGAAGGGGAGUAAACACGAUGAGGCAUCUCCGCUUUGUGACAAAAUUGUUUUCAGUAAGGUCAAAGAAGGGUUGGGCGGCAGAGUAAGACUUAUAUUAUCUGGAGCAGCACCCCUUGCGUCUCAUAUAGAAACUUUUCUAAAAGUCGUGGCAUGCUGUCAUGUUCUUCAAGGAUAUGGUCUGACUGAAACCUGUGCUGGCACAUUUGUCUCGAUUCCAAAUCGGAUGGAUAUGCUGGGUACGGUUGGCCCGCCAGUGCCCAAUGUGGACGUGUGCCUGGAGUCUGUUCCUGAAAUGGGGUACGAUGCUCUAUCAGACGUACCACGCGGUGAAGUAUGUGUGAGGGGCGAUACUGUUUUUUCAGGUUACUACAAGCGCGAGGAUCUUACAAAGGAGGUCCUUGUUGAUGGGUGGUUCCACACAGGUGAUAUUGGCGAGUGGCAACCGAGUGGGGGCUUGAAAAUUAUUGAUCGUAAGAAGAACAUUUUCAAGCUCUCACAAGGAGAAUAUGUUGCAGUGGAAAAUCUGGAGAAUGUAUAUGGACAAGUCCCUGUUAUUGACUCCAUUUGGAUAUACGGGAACAGCUUCGAGUCAUUUCUCGUAGCAAUUGUUAGCCCAAACAAGCCAGCAAUCGAAAAUUGGGCUGAGCAAAACGACAUACCUGGAGAUUUCGACUCCCUAUGUGAAAAUCAAAAGGUGAAGGAGUACAUACUCGAAGAGCUCAAGAAGAUUGCCAAAGAAAAGAAGUUGAAGGGCUUUGAGAUAAUAAAGUCUGUGCACCUCGAUCCAGUUCCAUUCGACAUGGAACGCGAUCUUCUCACCCCAACAUUCAAGAAGAAAAGACCGCAGUUGCUGAAAUACUAUCAGAGUGUGAUUGACAAUAUGUACAAGAGUACUAAAUGAGCUUCAUGGUGAAGAAUAGUGUACUGAGUUCAAUCUUUUUCCUUGCAUCCCCUCUAAUCUCUGUGCUUUUGUUUAAUGUCAUUAUUGUACAUACAAAAUUUAAUAAAAGAUUUUAUUAUCAUGUGUAAUACGAAAGAAAUGUUGGUGGUGGAUUUUUCA